CAUGUUGGUGGCAUGGUGGCAUCAUCUAAGGCGCCUAAACUUGGCAGCUUAUGAAAAUUUGAUUGUCUUCUCUCCGAGAACUUAUUUUCAAAAACGCGCGAAGUAGUGUGUGAUGUAAUUCACGUUUUAUUCUUUUUGACUUAAUCUGAUAUCGUUAUCUUUUAAAUGAAUGAUUAUUCUUCCGACUUCUAUGUUUUGAUCAUUUAGUUUAACCUCUUCGGAGUUCAGUUUUGUGUGUGUAGGUAUUCCAUGGGAUUUCAGUUAAGUUAUUCACAUGAAAAUUGAUUGAUAAGAUGCCUAUUAUUAUAGUACUUGAUAAUCAACCAAAGCAUUAGGGCUGUUUGAAUAACAGAUGUCUGUAAAGAAGGAAUCUGAUUCAACAAAAUGUAUUAAGAAAAAGUGGAAUUUUAAUCCCACCAUGGAAUCAAAACCUGUUAUUCCAAGUAAAGCUCGUACAUCACGUUCAAUUAUACAAGUAGAUGAAGAUGUACAUUUAAUACUAGAUGAUAGUGAUGUAGAUAUCUCAGUUGCCACACCCAGUCAAAAAUCUAUUGAACUGCCUCGCAAAACAUAUUCAAAGAGAAAUCCUAUUGUAUACCAACCUGUUACAGCUCAUGAAACUUCUAACAGACUUGAUGCUUUUUUAAACCAUGGUGCCAGUUCUUCUAUUUCAAAGAAUUCUCUUUUACCUCCAGGGAAUAAGAAUUUGUUAAGGAAAAGGAAGAAGGAUAUAGAGCCUAUAUUUUCUAAAAGCCCAGCCCCAAAGAAAUCAGUCAGGAGGAACACAUCAUUUAAGUAUCGGAAUAUAUCACAAAGCAAUACUCCAAAAGAUUCAAGGCCAUCUACCAGUAAGUCUUUCAAUCUUGUGCCCGUGAAACAUGAAGGUUCUUCUGAUUCCGAGAUAGAAAUAUUGUCAGUUAAGUUAUCUUCGUCUGUUGAAAAGUCUACCAAUGGUACAAUGAAGAAGUUCUCAAAUAAUAAUAAUAAUCUGAAUAACAAGAAAAGCAACAAAUGUUUUGAAUCUAUGGCAAAGAAAGAAUUGCUGAUAAAUGAAGCUGAAAUAGCACCUUUUGUGCCUAUUAAUCCUAUAUUUCCAGAUCCACCUAACAGAGCUAACUCAAUGAGGUGGCUCAAUGCAAAUGGCACUGUUGCAGUUCCUGGCUAUUCUCAGGGGUUCUCCCCCAGUACAAUAAAACCCCAGAUUAGGUCGGAGAAUGGGAGUGUGUCAGCCGAAAAAAGUAAUUCACUUCUUUCGUUGGACAUGAAAUUUUCCAAUGAUAAAAAGUCAAAAGGAAAAAGAGAAUUGAAAGGUUUGUAUGAAAACCUUAAUGAAAUAUCCUGGGCCCAUGAGACUAGUUUCAAAAAUUUACUACGGAGUCCUGAUUACAUCCGCCAUUCAGAACGUAGCACUGGAAGAAUUGCUGGAACUGGGAAGAAUUUGAGAAAACUCAAACCUCAAACACAACCUCAGACUGAGAGGAAAAAGCGCGAAACAGCUGCAAGUCUUCUUGCUCGCAAAAAAAGUAAAUUGGCUCGGUUAAAUCACACACAGAAAGAGAAACAAGCUGUCAGAGAGAAAUUAUUAUCCAGAACACAAAAUAAGAAGGAGGGAAAACAAGCUCAAAUUAUUAAUAAGAAAAAAGUUAUUCCCAAGUUGAAGUCUACUACAGCACGUGAAUCCUCUGAUGAUGACAGCGUGCGGUACAAACUUGCAUCUUGUCCACCAAAGCUGAAACAGAGUACAGUUACAAAAACCAAAACUGUUGGAACUAAAACGAAAUUGAGCAAUGGACUCAAAAUAAAGACUGAACCUUCAAAGUUAAAUUCUGAUGCUCAAAAGGUUAAAUCUAAUAUAUUUAAAUUAAAACCUGACAAACCCAAAACAAAAUUAGAUGUAGCAAAAGUAAAAAAUUAUGUUCCAAUAAUGAAAUAUGAUAAUUCUCCGCCUUCAACUAGUGGCUUACAAAGUGGGGCUUCAAGUAGCAAGGGCAUGUCCCACAACAAGUCUGCUGAUAUGAGAAGCAGUUUGAAAAAGUCUAACUUUCCGCCAGAAAUGCAGUUUUUUCAAAGCAUGAUGGAUGCAGAUAAUUCUCGCUAUUCUGCCGCAGCGAAAGGAAAUGAUGUAUGGGUAAUGUUGCAGCCUUUAGAAAAUACCAAACUGUGGAGUGCUGAUUUCUAUGAAGAAUUUAGAAAAUAUUUAUUAGAUCAAGCUUUAUGUAAAGUAAUAGAGACUAGGGAUCUUGAAUCCGUCCGAAAUAUGUAUGAUGGCCUGCUAGAGUCUUUCAUAAACACUCAAAUUAACAACAGUAACAGUGGAAAUUCCCGUGUUUCCAAGAAGAAAAAGAAUGAAGAAGAAUCUGUGAGGAGUAGUAUUCGACAAAGUGAAGGAGCGUUUCGUUACAAAGAGAUUGUGGUUAAAAAGAACAAGAACUACAUACAAGUCGUCUUGGUGCCAAAUGGAAUUAAGAAGAAUAGCCUUUCAAUAGAGGCACUGAAGGAAUUAAAGGAAGCUUUUGUUCUUGCCAAGAAGGACUCGAAUAUUCAUGCUGUUCUACUGAAUAGUAGUGGAAGUUACUUCUGUACAGGUGUUGAUUUAUCUCCACUUGUGGGAUCUAAUAAGAAGCAAGCAGCGGAAGACUUAGCAAGUUCCAUACAUGAUCUUGUAAUGACUCUAGCAUUCUUCACGAAACCAGUUGUUGCAGCAGUAAAUGGAACUGCUGUGGGAUUUGGUGUAUCACUGCUUACCUAUUGUGAUGUAGUUCUGGCGAGUGACAAAGCAACAUUUUGCUUGCCUUCGGCAAAAAUUGGCUAUUUACCUGAGGGGGGAGCUACCCUCACUCUUCCCCAAGUCAUAGGAACUUCAUCAGCUGCUGAAAUGUUUUUGCAAGGACGUCGUUUGACUGCUGAUGAAGCGAAACGUUGUGGCCUGGUUUCGGAAGUUCUUUGGCCCACAAGCCUGAUGAAUGAUGUAAUGCCUCGAUUGGAAAAAAUAGCCCAGCAACCCUUGCAGGCGAUGGAGGCCACCAAGGCGAUGGUACGCUGCCACCUCUGGGGCAAGUUGAAAGCGCACAUGGACCACGAGCGACGCCUCCUAGUCGAGCACUGGUUGGCGCCCCAAUGCCAAGAAAACAUCAAGAACGUGCUGAAGAACGGAUGGUUCGACGAUUAAAGGCACCUCCUCAAUGUUUUUACUUUUUCCUGUGUUUCUUCCAGCAGCCUUUGUGAUGAUGACGAGAGAUAUACGACUAUGACACAUCUUUUCCUCCUAACCGUUUAUACUCUGUAUUUUCCGCAGAUAAAACUUUAGUUUUCUUACAUAAAA